AGUUAAAAGUAUAAUACACAAUUAAUUACAUAACGCCAUCUAUAUUUCAAAAAAGAAGGUAUUUUUUGUUUGAAACUUGGCGAAAUGAUUGGCAACAUAUUACAUUAUUGUUUACUUAAGAGUGUGAUAAAGCAAUUGUGUUUGAAUUCUUUAUUAUUUUUCUGUUAAUUUCUAUGUUACAGCAACUCCUAACUACGUCAGAACGAUAUUGUUUAUUAUUUACUUUGCAAAUAAUACUGUGAAAAUGAAUGAUAAAAUAUUUGUUUAUUCUAUAUUCUAAGAAAUAAGAUCAAUAAUCUUCUGGGUUUCAAGAUAAAAGAAAUGUAAAUAUUGCGUUCAUAAAAUACAAGCAAAUCGAGAUGUCUACAGAAGCGAAGAUAAAUCGCCAAAAUAUUCGUGGCCUGGAUUUCCCUUGUUCCCAAUUUUUCACUCGAGAAAAUAUUGAAAGUGCUCUUGAUUACUCUCCAAAGGAUGAUGAUAUCAUCAUUUCUACUUAUCCUAAGACGGGCACCACUUGGAUCCAGUACAUUGUCUACGAAAUUUUGAACGACGGCAAAGAACCCCCAUCACAAACAGAAAUGCGUCGAAUAAUACCUUAUAUGGAAGGAAGUGGCGCAGAAAUAGUUGAAACACUUCCAUCACCUAGAGUAUUAAAGUACCACUUACCUUACAGCAUGACACCACAUAAUCCAAAAACAAGAUAUAUCACAAUUAUCCGUAAUCCUUUUGAUGUAGUGGUGUCUUACUACCAUUUCCUGAGACAAAUAACCACAGUGAACCUGAAAUUCGAUGAUUUAUUAGACGCUUUUGUGAAAGGCAGAUGCGUAUAUGGCGAUUAUUUUGAUCACAUUUUAUCGUGGUACGAACAUAAAAAUGAUGAAAAUGUUUUGUUAUUGUCUUUUGAUAAGAUGAAGAAGGAUCCCCGCACUGGUUUAUUAUUGAUAGCUAAGUUUUUGGGGCUCGAUUUGGAAGGCAACGAGGAAUUAAUCGAACGAAUUCUGAAACAUACGAGCUUUGGAUACAUGAAAGCAAAUGUUAAGACGAUGGAGAAAGAAGAUGGAUCUGAGAAAAAAGAUGAUCGAGUGGAUUUUUUCCGCAGUGGAGGUGAUGGAGGAAAAAGUGGUCUGAUGAAUGAAUCCCAAGAAAAAAUGUUAAGGGAAAGAAUGGAAGAGAAAUUAAAAGGAUCUGAUAUUCAACGUUUUUGGAAUUGAUUGAUUUCAUUAUAAAUGCAAUAAAUAAAAGCAAAUGUAAAUUUCUGUGGUGAAAAAAGGAACUUCAUAUCCGUCAAUAUAACAUACGCAAGGUAAAUAACUUUGAUCUGAAAAAACGGUAGACUAGAUUUUAAUCAUAUUGGAGGUGAUAAAUUAAUAAACGGUCUGUUGAUUGGAAUUUCAGAAAAAAUAUUAAGCGAAAGAAUUAAAGAAAAAUUAGAUAUAUAACAUCUUUAAAACUGGUUUUCGUAAUCAUAAACGUGAUAAAUAAUAGACUCUCUAAAGUACCAUGGAAAUAUUCAUUACGUAACUUGAAAACGAUAAAUAACUAUGAAAUCCAUUUUAUAAUCCGAAAAAAAUUAUUGAUUGCAUUUUUUUAUGUCGAUAAAAAUCCUAUCAAGAAAAAUCCUCUGAUGACUGAAAGUUAACUAAAGGAACUUAAAGAAAGGAUGGAAGAGAAAUAAAAAGAUCUGAUAUACAAUUUGGAAUUGAUUGUCUUCGUUAUAAAUUCAAUGAAUAAAAGCAAAUAUAAAUUUCUCUGAUGAAAAAAGGAGCUUCAUUUUCGUCAAUUUAACAUAAGCAAGCUAAAUAACUUGGUAUAAAAACCUGAGAGUGGAAUUUAAUCAUCCUAGAGGUAAUGAAUUAAUAAACGGCCUGUUGAUUGAAAUCUAAGAAAAAAUAUCAAGCGGAAAAAUUAAAGAGAACUUAGCUAUAUUACAUCUUUGAAGCCGAUUUCCGUAAUCAUAAAAAUAAUGAAUAAUAUCAAAUGCAAGAUUCUCUGAAGAACCAUGGAAAUUAAACAGCAGAAUUUCAUAUUAAUUACGUAAUAUGAAAACGAUAAAUAACUGUGAAAUUAAUUUUAUGAUCUGAAAAAAAGAUUAAUGAUUGCCUUUUUUUAUGUCGACAAAAAUACUAUAAAAAAUCGUUUGAUGAAAUUAAUUUUAUGAUCUGAAAAAAAGAUUAACGAUUGCAUUUUUUUAUGUCGACAAAAAUACAAUAAAAAAUCGUCUGAGGACUGCAGUCAAGAAAAAUAAUUUAAGGAAAGAAAUGGAAGAGAAAUAAAAGGAUCUGAUAUUCAAUGUCUUUGGAAUUGAUUGCUUCUAUUAUAAAUGCAAUGAAUAAUAAUGUAAAUUUUUAUGAUGAAAAAAGGAACUUCAUAUUUGCCAAUUUAGCAUAUGCAAGCUAAAUAACUUUGAUCUGAAAAAAAAUUAUACAGUGGAUUUUAAUCAUACUGGAGAUGGAAUUGAUGAACGACCCGUUGACUGGAACCUAAGAAAAAAAAUAUUAAGCUGUAGAAUUAGAAAGAAAUUAGAUAUACAAUAUCUUUGAAUCCUUUCCUUCAUUUUCACAUGAUGGUUGAUGGAAACGUAAAAUUUUCUAAUGAACCAUGGAAAUUUAACUGUGGAACUUCAUUACGUAACAUGUAAACGAUGAAUAGCUGUGAAAUUAAUUUUAUGAUCUGAAAAAAUUAUUGACUGCAUUUUUUUAUGUGGACAAAAUUCCAAUCAGGAAAAGUCCUCUGAUAACUGAAUAUCAAGAAAAAAAAUUUAAAAAAAGGACGGAAGAGAAAUAAAAAGAUCUGAUUUACAACGUCUUUAGAAUUGAUUGUCUUCAUUAUAAAUACUAUAAUAGCAAAUUCAAAUUUCCCUGAUGGAAAAAGGAUAAUUCAUAUUCGUCAACAUAUGCAAGCUAAAUAAAUUUGAUCUAAAUAUGAUAGAGUUGAUUUUAAUCAUACUGUAGGUAAUGGAUUAAUAAAUGGUCUGUUGAUUGAAAUUUGAGAAAAAAUAUUAAGCUAAAGAAUUAAAGAUAAAUUAGAUAUAUAACAUCUGUUAAACUUUCCGUAAUCAUAAAAGCGAUGAAUACUAUCAAAUGCAAGAUUCUCUAAAGAACCUUGGAAAUUUAACAUUGCAACUUCAUAUUCCUUGUGAAACUUGCAAACGAUAAAUAACUGUGAAAUUAAUUUUAUGAUCUGAAAAAAAAAUUAUUGACUGCAUUUUUUUAUGUCGAUAAAAAUCCUAUCAAGGAAAAUCGUCUGAUGACUGAAAGUCAAUAAAAGUAUUUAAUGAAAGAAUGGAAGAGAGAUCUGAUCUGAUUUACAACGUGUUUGGAAAUGAUUGUUUUCAUUAUAAAUACAAUGAAUACUAGGAAGGACAAGAUUCUUUGAUAAACUAAGGAAUUUCCAAUGUAAAGAAAUGGAACUUCAUAAUCAAAUAUGUUACAAAUAAACAAUAAAGAGUUUCAUAUUGUUCGUAAAAAUUAUAAAAAUAUUGAUAUGACCUAUCCGACUUCAUUUAUGCGUAUUUUGAUGGAUAUACUUUCUUUUUUCAAAGUGUAUUUUAUAUUUUUAAAAGAUGUUAUUAAAUCUCAAUGUAUC